AUGCUCUCGCCAUCAUCUCAUGAAGCAUCUGCUUCCCGCAUGACAUCCGAGCCCAAUUAUUCCUCCUACCGUCCCGCCAUCACGAACAUGGCCACAGCAAUGGACACAGACGUGGACACCAAGAUUUCUUUCCCCUCACAGACCAAGAUCAAUCCAGGAACUGAAGACGACGACCCCUUCGCCCCCCUCCUCUCCCUAGAACAAGACUACUACACCGAAGGCUACUCCCUCGGCCUCAACGACGGAAUCCGUUCCGGCCGAAUCGAGGGUCGGAUUUUUGGUCUAGAGAAGGGCUUUGACAAAUUCGUUCAGAUGGGUCGACUUGCCGGUCGAGCCGCCGUUUGGGACGCAAGAUUAUCCGCCCUAUCUCCUCCUGCUGCGACUACGGCUGUUACGGCCAAGACUGGAGCUGGUGGCGUUGUGAAGGUUGGUGGUGGGAAGGAGGACGUGGGGCUUGUGGCUCCUGCUCAGAACGACUCUUACGACUCUCCCGCUCCACGCAGCACCGACAUCGAUGAAGUCGAUGUUAUGCUCCCUCCGCUCUCCGGCUCAGAGAGGUUGAGACGGCACGUAGAUCGCCUCCUCGAACUCACGGACCCGGAGAGUCUCGAAACGAAGAACACGGAGGAUACGGUGAAUGAAUGCGAUGAGCGAUUAGCGGGUGCCAAGGCCAGAUUCACCCUCAUCUCACGUAUCGUUGGCGAAGGCGAUGUCGAGGGGGUUGGGGUGGAGAUUGCCGGGGUGGAGAGUACGGGUGGUGGCAAUGGUGCUCGAACGGGAGCUGCAAGGGAGCAGAGUCUUGAGGACGAGAGUAAGGAGGGGGCGGAAGUCGAGAUCACGGCACCACGGAAAGGGAAAAGUAGGGGUAAUGGGAAGGGCGGUGUGGCGCGUGUUGGAGAGGGGAAGGGAAAGGGUGAGAUGGAGGAUUUCGGCGGCCUGCCCAUGACCAAGCAAGCUGGAAGGGGAACGUGA